CAAACCUACGUGCGUUCAUGUCAAUGUCUUUAAUUAAUAUAAUUAGUUGUUUUGAAGAACCCGAGCAGGCUGAAAGUGUAAAUCUUGGCAAUAUAGCAAUUUAUAUUGUCUAAUGUUGUUUUCCUUUUUCGCAUUGCACAUCUUAAGGCAUUAGCUUCCGUCAUCUUUAUCGUCAGUUAACAAGGAUGUAAAUUCAAACUGUAUUCACAGGCAAUGACAGUAAAACAUUGUACGUCGGUCGAGCCCAGAAAAGUGAUGAACGUUAGGCUGAAUUGAAGGAGCAAUUGAACGUUAAAUUAGGAAUAUUCUUUAAACUUAAAAGGAUUAAGAUUAUAAAAGGGUCUAAUGAAGGAGUCAUUGGAGAUUAACGACGGAUUACCAUGGUACCGUACUAUAUUGUGUAAAACUGUAUAAAGCAUAGGGUUGUGAGCUCCGCCGAUUGCUCGUUUUGUGGGAAUAAACUUCCUACUUCACGAUUUUCAAUCAUUUGCUUUAAAAAAAUAUAUAUAAACAGCAUAAAAUCUUGAAAAAUACCAAAAAAAUCAGUAAAACUUCAAAAACUACAGAAAAAUUAGUUGGUUGAAACGGUAAGCAGGUAAGAAGAACAUAAACGAAGAAACAAGAAGAGUAACAAGUCCGCCAUUUGUAAAAUUUUAUCACCAUAUUUUUUGAAACUACUCGAGAAGAAAGCAAUCCAAGAUGAAUCCAACCAAUUAGAACUACAUAAUGGCCACCCUGUAUGUGGGUGAUUUACAUCCAGAUGUCACCGAGUCUAUGUUGUUUUCCAAAUUCUCUACUGCAGGACCUGUGUCGUCUAUUCGAGUAUGUCAAGAUAUCGCUACUCGACGAUCUUUGGGCUAUGCGUAUGUCAACUUUUCUCAGCCUUCCGAUGCGGAGAGAGCUCUCGAUACCAUGAACUUCGACACCAUUUUAGAGACACCAAUCCGUAUUAUGUGGUUGGAGGGAGAUCCUUCUCAACGUAAAUCUGGUGUAGGAAAUGUCUUUAUCAAGAAUUUAGAUAAAAGUAUUGAUAAUAAGGCUUUGUACGACACUUUCUCAGCUUUUGGUAACAUCCUUUCUUGUAAGAUUGCUGCAGAUGAACAGGGAUCUAAGGGGUAUGGAUUUGUCUAUUUUGAAACGGAAGAAGCUGCUAAACAGGCUAUUGAGAAAGUGAAUGGCAUGUUGUUGAAUAACAAGAAAGUCUAUGUCGGAAAGUUCAUCCCACGUCGGGAAAGAUUAGCCAUGAUGGGAGACAAAGCCAAGAGAUACAACAAUGUCUACAUCAAAAACUUUGGUGAAGAAUUCGAUGACGAUACUCUGAAGACUGAAAUGGAAAAAUACGGAAAAGUCAUCAGUGCUAAGGUCAUGACUGAUGCUACCAAUCAAUCUCGAGGGUUUGGCUUCGUCAGUUUUGAAGAUCCCGAGCAGGCUGAAAGGUGUGUGGAUGCUAUGAAUGGACAAGAAAUGAAUGGUAAAACAUUGUACGUUGGUCGAGCCCAGAAACGUGCUGAACGUCAGGCUGAAUUGAAAGAGAAAUUCGAACGUUUGAAAAUUGAGAGAAUUAAUCGUUAUCAAGGCGUGAAUCUUUACGUUAAAAAUCUUGAUGAUUGUAUUGAUGAUGAAAAAUUGAGAAAGGCUUUCUCCAAGUUCGGAACCAUUACUAGUGCCAAGGUCAUAGGUGAUGGACACCGCUCCAAAGGUUUUGGAUUUGUGUGCUUCAGUUCCCCAGAGGAGGCAACGAAGGCUGUUACAGUCAUGAAUGGUUUUAUCAUUGCUUCUAAACCAUUGUACGUAGCUCUGGCUCAAGGAAAGGAGGAACGUAAACAACAGUUGGCUUCACAGUAUAUGCAACGCAUGACCACUAUGAGACAAUCUAUGCAAAAUGGUCAAUUCAGUCAGAUAUUCCAACCAAGUGCAGGAGCUGGGUAUUUUGUACCCUCCAUGCCCCAUGCUGCUAGGGGGUACUUCACACAAGCUCAGAUGCCACAAGUUCAAGCUAGUCCCAGAUGGCAGACUCCAUUUAGACAACCUCAACCUCAACCUGGUGAGUUUUCUUCAAAGUUCGUUUUGAGCUUGCUAGCAUUGGGCUUGGGGAAUCGUGCUCCAGCAUCAGUUGUGAUACCUGGACAAGACCCUCUAACUACCUCCAUGUUGGCUGCUGCUCCACCACAAAAGCAGAAACAGAUGUUAGGAGAGAGGAUGUUCCCCUUGAUUAACAGAAUGCACCAGGAUUUGGCUGGUAAGAUUACUGGAAUGUUGUUGGAGAUUGAUAAUUCUGAGUUGUUGCACAUGUUGGAAUCGCAGGAGUCCCUCAAGGGCAAGGUGGAAGAAGCUGUUGCCGUACUUCAAGCUCACCAAGCCAAGGAAGCCACCACCAAAAGAGAGUAACUUCCCUUCAAUGACUAGGAUGGAAAACUUGAUUAUCGAAGCCAAGAUGUUUGAAUUACAAAGUUUAAAAUUUGAUUGGUUAAUUUUGAAUUUUGACAUAAUUGUAAAACGUAGAAUUUCCAACACCAAAUUGUCUAAAAAUUUGAAUUCAAAUUAUCAAAGCUGAAGUAAUAAAGUUUAGUUAAGAUGUUUCCCAACUUACCAAAAAAAUAAAAAAAUACAAAUUCUGAAAUUUGAUUAAAAAUAGUAAAAUUUUUGUAACGAUUAGACGAUUAAAAAAAAUAUAGCAAAAUCCUUGAUAAAUUUGAAUACAAAAACGUAACAUUUUGGGUAGUAAAUGCUCGGAAAAUAAUAUAUAAAUAAACACAAAUAAAAAUACGAAACUUAUUCAGAAUUUGAAAAAAAAAACAAAAAAAAUAACU